AUGCCGUUCCCAAAGCCCGUAAAAGUCCAAGGGGGAUGGCAAGCCAAAGACAGUCCUACCACAGAGCAGAGAGAUCCAGUUGAAAUGCUGCGGUCUAUUCCUCGAUCUGCUGCUGGUGUUGUGACCGACACGGGAGACAUCCUUGAUAGAGCUGGCAAGCCUAUCGGACACAUUACCGAGUCUGGAGAAUCCUCUGAUCUUGUGGGCAACGCUGUCAUGGCUUCUGGAGACAUUCUUGACUCCUCUGGAAAGGUCCUUGCCAAGGCCGACAUCAACACCGAGGAACUGGGCGACGAAGAAGACGAAGGUGAGGAGGGAGAUGAGGAGAAUGAAGAAGGCGACGAGGGCGAGUACACCACUGGGUCUGGCCAAAAGAGUCCCCAAAAGUCCGGCGGCUGGAACCUCAUGGGAAAGACCAAGUCGGCCUACAACACCGCCAGCAACCUCCAAAAGCCCGUCUCGCAGGGCCUCGACCUGGUCAGUAGCAGGAUGCAGAAACCAAGCGAAGACGAACAAAGCUCAGCUGACUAUUCGAUUCAGGCCGGCGACGAGGACAAGCAGCUCCAGGAACGCGGCAAGGAAGCUGGUGAAGAGGGGCAGGAGGAGCUGAAGGAGCAGGAGCCCAUUGCCAUGGAAGACAAGUCGGAAGAAGCUGGAAAGGACCUCGACAAGACCGAGGCACCUGAGGCUGAUACCAAGGACGUGGAAGAAAAGACGGACGAGGCCAAGGAGGGCGAGCCAGAGACCAAGGAUCUGGAGGAAGCCAAAGACAGUGAGAUGCCCCAGCCAGACACCCAGGACUUGGAAGAGAAGAAAUCUGACGUUGCCGAAGAGGGAGAGAAGCUAGAAGAGGGAGAGAAGCCAGAAGAGGGAGAGAAGCCAGAAGAGGGAGAGAAGCCAGAAGAGGGAGAGAAGCCAGAAGAGGGAGAGAAGGUAGAAGGCGAGGAGGAGCCAAUUGAUUUCUCUGACCUCAAGGGAUGCAAGGUCAACAAGGCCGGCAAACUGGUCAACAAGAACGGAGAUGUCCUCGGAGUCGUUCUUGAAGGCGACAUCAAGCACCUCGUCGGCCUGAAGUCCGACGAGGAGGGAAACAUCUGGAACGACUCUGGCAAGAAGGUCGGCAAAUGCCGUCCUUUGAACCACUCGGAGCGCGGCGAUGAAAAGGAAUUCGCCCCCUUUGAGAACUUCCCUGACGCUGUCGUUGAGGCUGAUGGCCGUGUCAUGUUUGAGGGUAAGCAGGUUGGUGUCGUCGUGGACGGUGACCCAAAGCAUCUCAAGGGCGCCAAGGUCGAUGAAGAUGGUGACAUUCUUGAUCGACGCGGCAAUGUUGUUGGCAAGGCCGAGGCUUGGGACGAGCCCGAGGCUGAGCCCGAGGCUGAGGUCGAUCUGUCUUCCUUGGCUGGCAAGAGAGUCAACAAGGCUGGCAACAUCGUCGACGGCUCGGGCGCCAUCUACGGCCGAGUCGUUGAGGGCAACGUCAAGUCUCUCGUGGGCCGUAUGUGUGACAAGAACGGCAACAUCCUGAGCGAGUCUGGAGACAUCAUCGGCAAGGCCGAGCUUGUUGGCGAGGGCGAACGUGAGGGCAUGAAAGAGGGUCCCUUUGCCGAGCUCUCUGGCUGCACUGUCGCAAAGGACGGCACCGUUGUCACGCCUUCGGGUGAUGUUGUCGGAAGACUCACCGAGGGAGACCCCAAGAAGCUGUUUGGCCGCCAAGUCGACGAGGAUGGAGACGUUGUCGACAGCAACGGAAACGUCCUGGGCAAGGCCGAGCGCUGGGAAGAGCCCGAGCCCGAAGAGCGGAAGAAGGCUCCCUACGCCGGCCGCAAGGUCAACCGCGAGGGUAACGUCCUGGACGAGGAAGGAAACCUCAUCGCCAAGCUUGUUAGUGGUGAUAUUUCUGCCUGCGCUGGCAAGGAAGUCGACGAAGAUGGCGAUGUGGUCAACUACAAGGGAGACACUGUCGGCCACGUCGCUCUGCUUGAGGACAUUCCCAAGGAGACCGAGGAGGACAUCAAGAAGCGCGAGGAGGCUGAGAACGAUCGCAAGCUGGCCGGCAAGCUGGCUGGAUGCAUCGAGCAGUCUCUCGAUAAGCUGCGGCCCAUCUGCAAGAUGAUCACCGACAAGGUCAACACCGCUGAGAGGACACCCAAGGAGGAGCUUGACGAGGAGGCGCUGGUGCGGGAGGUCAAGCCGCUGAUUGAAGAGGGCGGCAAGAUCCUCACUGAGACCAACGGCACUAUUCGUGGCCUUGAUCCCGAUGGACGUAUCCAGCGGAACGCAAAGCACAAGGCCGGCACGAAGGAGGCUACGGCGGAGGAGCAUCAUCUGGCCGAGGUGCUCUCCGAGCUCACAGGUACUGUUACCGAAACCAUCGACAACGCAAAGAGCAAGAUUGAGGGCAUGCCCCACGCCAAGAAGGAACUCAACCCUCUCUGGGGUCUCUUGGCGGAGCCCUUGUUCCAGAUCAUUGCUGCCGUUGGGCUGUUGCUCAAUGGUGUGCUCGGCCUCGUUGGCAAACUUCUGAGCGGCCUCGGUCUCGGCGGAAUCGUCGACAACCUCCUCGGAACGCUGGGCCUCAACAGGGUCCUCGAUGGCCUUGGCCUGGGCAGCAUCACGGGCCAAAUAACUGGCAAGAAGCAGGGCGAGAAGAAGAAGGGAGGUGGCCUUUUGGGCGGCUUGGGCCUGGGUGGCUAA